GGGCCGGGAGGAGGGGGAGGAGGAGGAGGAGGGUGCCGGCCGCCGGUGAGGGGGCCCCUGGGCCUUGGGACCGGCUGCUUGUCCUCCCUGGGGCUGCAGCAGGGCGGGUAAAAGGCAACAGAAGUUGAGAACGCCCUCCUCGUUCUGCUCCGAGCCUCCCAACUGCCUUCGCCAUGGCCGGCGGCAUUACUGAUACGGGAGAGCUUUACUCGCCUUACGUCGGUCUGGUAUACAUGUUCAACCUUAUCGUCGGGACAGGAGCUCUAACCAUGCCGAAGGCGUUUGCCACAGCAGGGUGGCUGGUCAGCCUUGUUCUCCUCAUGUUCCUGGGCUUUAUGAGCUAUAUGACUACCACAUUUGUGGUGGAGGCCAUGGCUGCUGCAAAUGCCCAGCUGCGAUGGAAGAGGAUGGAAAAACGCAAGGAGGAUGAUGAGGAUGAGGAUUCUUCCUCUGGAGUAUCUGACAGUGAUGUUCUCCUCCAAGAUGGCUAUGAGCGAGCAGAGACGCGACCUAUCCUGUCAGUUCAGAGACGCGGCUCACCCAAUAUCUUUGAAAUCACUGAAAGGGUGGAAAUGGGCCAGAUGGCUUCCAUGUUCUUCAAUAAAGCCAGAGUUAUCUGCUUUCUGUGUCAGGGAUCCUCCCCCGGGCUGACUCAAGCUAGUGCCAAGGGACAAAUCUGCGGGAAGUCAGCGGGAACAGCUGCAGGCUUGAAACAACUGGUGAGAGAUGAGACGAAAGUGGGUGUCAACCUCUUCUAUUUCUGCAUAAUUAUCUACCUCUAUGGGGACCUGGCAAUCUACGCAGCGGCUGUGCCGGUCUCUCUUAUGCAAGUGACCUGCAGUGCCAUUGGCAACCAUUCUUGCAGUGUUGGAGAUGGCACGAAGUACAAUGAUACAGACAAGUGCUGGGGGCCCAUUCGAAGGAUUGAUGCUUACAGACUGUAUCUGGCAGCGUUCACUCUACUCCUGGGUCCUUUUACCUUCUUCAAUGUGCAGAAGACCAAGUAUCUUCAAAUCAUGACGUCUCUGAUGAGAUGGAUAGCUUUCAUCCUCAUGAUUAUUCUGGCCCUCAUCCGCAUCAGCAGAGGCCAAGCUGAAGGUCACCCGUCCAUGGCCCAGCUGUCGGGCAUCCGUAACCUCUUCGGGGUGUGCGUCUACUCCUUCAUGUGCCAGCACUCCCUGCCAUCCCUCAUCACGCCCAUCUCCAAGAAGAGGCACGUCAACAAGCUCGUGCUGCUCGAUUACAUCCUGAUCCUGGCUUUCUACAGCCUCCUGUCCUUCACUGCCAUUUACUGCUUCCGCAACGACACCCUCAUGGACAUGUACACGCUCAACUUCACCAACUGCGAGAUCAUCAACGUCACCUUCAUCCGCUACUUCCUGGGCCUCUUCCCCGUCUUCACCAUCAGCACCAACUUCCCCAUCAUCGCCGUCACCCUGCGCAACAACUGGAAGACCCUUUUCCACAGGGAAGGGGGGACCUACCCCUGGGUGGUGGAUAGGAUCGUCUUUCCUGCCAUCACGCUCAUCCCUCCGGUGCUGGUGGCUUUCUGCACCCACGACCUCGAGUCCUUGGUGGGGAUCACGGGAGCCUACGCUGGGAACGGGAUCCAGUACCUCAUCCCGGCCUUCCUUGCCUACUGCAGUCGGAAGGACACGCAGCUCGUCUUCGGCAGCGGGACGGUGAACAAGCACCUCUCCCCUUUCCGGCACACCUUCUGGAUAGUGUUCGUGCUCAUCUGGGGCUUUUCUUGCUUUGUCUUUGUGACUGCAAACAUUGUGCUGAGCGAGUCCAAGCUCUGAUGGGGGUGGUGACGUUCUCCCUCUUGGGUUCCAGAGACUGCAACCCCGCUGGGACUGGAGGGGAAGAGGUGGCGUGGAGGGAAGCCUCCAGGCCAUCAGCGUGGUGGUGCAGGUCACACCUAGACACAGACUUUCCUCACCACGUGUGGAUGGAGUGGGCUCAGCCUCGUCACCCUGGUUCUCAGACCCACCCCACAAAGCCAUGGGGCUGAGCUCUGGGCAGUGCCCAGCCAUCGCUGCCUUCGGCUCCGUUUGAGCAUCGCCCUGCCCCGACGGGGGCGCUCCCCUGGUGCUGCAGGUUUCAGCACGUGGGAGAGAGGCAGCCUUGGCUGCUCACUGCACUAAUCGGCUCCACUUCUUUCUCCCAAAGGCAGGGACCCGCUGUGCACAGAACCAGCGGGAGUUUGGGGGAGAGGAGUCUCUUCUGUCUGCUGACCCCACAGCCCCAAACCCUGGGGAGCUGAGGGGAGAGGAAGGAAAUCAGGGUGGGCACAGCCCUAGCUCAAAGAAAAGGACCUCAUGUGCUGUUACACUUUAUUUUUCCGGAGGCAUUAACCUAUUUGUUCUCUGGGGAAGGAACACCACAACUUGCCCAGGAUCUGGGAUCUCUCAGAGCUGGAUUUCUCCAGGCUGGGAGUUUAUGCUCACGCUUUUCAACCUGUUCUUCUUUGCUGUGGCAGCCCGAGCCCUGUGGAGGCACGCCUGCAGGGAUGUAGCUUUGCAGCCUUGCUGCCUGGUGAAUUCAGCUGGCAGAGCCGUUCCCCGUUUCACACCAGCCUGGUGCAAGAGGCCAGACCCCGACCGCAGUGGUCAGGGUUUGUGCGGGCUGGGAAGGUGCUAAUUACCCAGUCCUGCCACGCGUUCCACCUGUGUCAGUGCGCACAGCCAGAGCUCUCCUAUUUCCAGCCUCCUGUGCUGGGUAAUUAGCCUUGAAACAAGGUGGGUGUUAACUCAAGGGAGCGGGCUGGUGCCAGCAGGGAAAGGCAGUGCCGUGGCUCAGCUCUGCCUGCCCCCCUGCGGGAGCUGAGCUCCCAGGCCUUACAGGGCAGUGAAAAAGAACUGGUCCCAAAUCCCAUCUCUCUUCUGCACGGGGUUGAGGUGGGCUUUUGGCUGGUCCUGCUCAGCUUAUCCCAGUUUGCAGAGCUCCCAGGCGCCUGUGUGUGUUGGGCUGCCCCUUUCCUUAGGCAGGCAGUGCUGGAGAUGAUCAGUGCUGCUUUUGAGGCACUUCGGAGGCUUCUGUUGGUCACUGCAGCACCACUUGGCCACAACCAGCACCGGUUCUGGGGGCGUGAGGCUCUCAGGCAAAGAUCCUAUGGGUUUUUGUAACAAAAGGAAGAACUUAAAAAGUUUUCACCUGGAAUAUUUUAAAUCCUUUUUUCUCCUCUGCCCUUCUUAAAGCAGGUUCAAAGCCAGGUCCAUGUCACUUACAUCCUGUCUUCUUGCCCUCUGCACUUGCUGCAGCAUUAAGUGUCACCGCUAGCUAGAAGCAGGCUUUGAACUGCAGCUCUUUUUAAUCAAGCUCCGUUUUCAAGUAGGACUUUCUCCUUUCCAUAUGACCUGAAGUGCUCCUCCUGGGGGACUGUGCAAGUACCUGGAGCUGUACAAAAACACUCGAUGGUUUUUACAGCAGAGCCCUCCACCUCUCGAGCCCAAGCACUGUGCCUGUGUCCUUGCCAAGCUGCUUGGAGAGGAUGCGGGGGGCCUGUUUCUCUCUGCUCCAGCUCCAUCCAAAACAGCCCUUGGCAGCCCUUGCUAGCGAAUUUAAACAUCCCCAGGUGCUGCGGGGCAUCCUCGGUGCCAGAUUAACACGUAGCUUCACAACACGUAGCUUCACAGGUGGCUGCUGCCUCAGCUGGGAGCAGUGACGGUAGCUGUGGUGGUUGGAGAGCAAAGCCUGGGGACAGCCUGUGUGGCGUGGGGCAGGCGUCUGCCACUGCCCCCUUCCCCUGCUCGCUCCCCAGCUCUUGCAGAGCCUUGGCUGCUGAAUCUGGACCCAUCGCAGGUGCCCCGAUGGCUGGGGCAUGCUGAGCCCCCUCAUCCAGCCCCCCCAGGUGCAGCUGGAGCUGGGCACAGCCAGCGGGAGGGAUGUGCUGCUGAUGAGACCAGUCUUUGGAAAGCCUCCGCACCAGGUGUGGGUGUAUGGUGGGGGCCGAGACCUUUCCUAUCAGCCCUCAGCCUCCUGUGCAAGGCACUCGGCUCAGCCUCAUCCCUUCGAAUGCUGAUUUGAGGUACCUGCCACCCGAUUUCAGUGCCAGCCAGAGCAGGGGUGUAUCUGUUACUGCUAUUACUGCUUUCACUCAUCCUCCUGUCCCUGCUUAGGGCUGCCCUCAGCCUCCCCUUCCCUCCUGCCCCUUUUUGCAGCAGCCUCCAAGUGCUGGUGGAGGCAGCAGGGGGUGGGCUGAGACCUCCCGGCCCCGCACACCCUCUCUUGGCCUCUUCGCAGGAGUUGGUCAUCUCAUUUCAUGGUCUCACGUGUAAAGACGUGCCUUCUCUUCCCUGGCCUAGGUGACCAGCUCUGCUCCGUGCCGUGCUGACCGCUGAGGGGCCUUAGGUCUGAGCCGAGAGCUGCCUGGAGCUGGGUGCUGGAUGCUCUGGGGGCCGCCUGCCUUGCGCUCAUACCUCCCAGCCCAGCCUUUGCUGUGGUACCUUACCUGGAGGAGCUCUGGUCCCCGAGGAGCACGAGGGGUUCCUGAAAUAAAUAACCCAGAAUAUUCCCAGACGCCUGCUGUCCUCACACAGCAGCAAACCCAAUCUGUCCGAGGAAUUGGGGUGAUUAACGGAGAGAAACUCCGCCGCGGGGAGAAGAUUUUUGACCCGAAACGUGACAUAGCAAUGCCUUAAAAACGACUGGGGGAAGCGGGCAGGGGGCGGCUCAGCAGAGGAGGGGCUGGGUACAGGGCGCGAGCUCCCUCCUCUCACCGAGCCGCAGCAAACCUGGUUUUAUUUGCCUGUUCCUGACACCAACGAUUCAUUGUUACAGGUUCUCACGCCAUGCUUGUCCUGACUGUAAUCAGUUUUCAAAAAAAAAGGGAUUAAACCCAAUAAAACUCACACGGUCGCCCA